CAUUUGACAGAAAAUUGACAGAUUAUAUUUGACGGCAAAUUUUCAUAGCAAGGUUGCAAAAUUUAAAUCGUGAUUAAAUUCUCGCUAAUCAAACAGGAACUCGAACGAUUAGUAGUGCACUAGUAAAAAUGGCAUCAUCAAGAAUGUUAUUAAAAGUCAAAGAUGGUCUCCAUCUCGGAAAAUUUGGCGUUAGAUAUGCAAGUUAUGAAGCAACCCGAAAGAAUCUGAAAUUAACGAAAGACACUAAGGUUAUCUGUCAAGGAUUUACCGGCAAACAAGGAACUUUCCAUUCACAACAAGCCCUUGAAUAUGGUACAAAAAUAGUCGGUGGCGUUAGUCCUGGAAAAGGAGGUCGUACUCAUUUAGACUUGCCAGUUUUCAAUAGUGUCGCAGAAGCAAAACAAGCAACCGGUGCUGAUGCAACAGUCAUUUAUGUACCUCCACCCGGUGCUGCAAAAGCCAUUAUUGAAGCCAUUGAUGCUGAAAUGCCAUUAAUUGUUGCUAUCACGGAAGGUGUUCCACAACAUGACAUGGUUAAAGUUAAGAAUCGUCUCCUUAGUCAAGACAAAUCACGAUUAGUCGGUCCAAAUUGUCCAGGAAUAAUUGCACCAGAAGCUUGCAAAAUUGGCAUCAUGCCUGGUCAUAUUCAUAAGAAGGGUGUUAUUGGAGUCGUCUCACGUUCCGGUACAUUGACUUAUGAGGCUGUACAUCAAACCACAGAAGUUGGAUUGGGACAGACAUUGUGCGUCGGAAUUGGUGGUGAUCCAUUCAAUGGAACUGACUUUAUUGAUUGCUUGGAGAUCUUCCUUAGAGAUCCAGAAACUAAGGGAAUCAUCUUGAUUGGUGAAAUUGGUGGUGUUGCUGAGGAAAAGGCUGCUGAUUACUUGACAGAAUUCAACUCGGGUAUUAAGGCAAAGCCAGUAGUUUCAUUCAUUGCUGGACUUUCAGCACCACCAGGACGACGUAUGGGACAUGCUGGUGCAAUUAUUAGCGGUGGAAAAGGAGGAGCUCAAGAUAAGAUUAAUGCACUCGAAAGAGCUGGAGUCAUUGUUACUAGAAGUCCUGCACAAAUGGGCCGUGAAUUAUACAAGGAAAUGAAACGCCUUGAACUCGUUUAAACAGGUUUAAACAAACUUAUAUCCUUACAUACAUCUCAUCGUUCUAUUUCUAUUUCUAUUCUAGAAUUGAAACUUUAUACAACUUUAAAAUUCUUUUCGCUUAACUUAUUUAAAAAAAAUUUUGUUCGUCAAAAU